UCAGUAUUGAAAUCUUCCAGCUGAGAAGGCUGAAGAUAAAUGCGAGUGCUAUUAAUUAUAAAUUUAAUAUAUUGAUUAUAAAACAAUUAUUUAAUAUAAACCGAAAUCGUAUUUCGUUUAAUACAAAAAAAUUUUAAACAACAAAAAAUGGCCGCAACUGUGAGAUUUUUGCAUACGCAGAGCCGAAAAGCAGCUCAAUAUGCCAUUGACAUACAAUCACGACAAUUUCAUGCCUCCUGCUAUACGGCUUCCAAGGUAGCACUAUCCAAAUUUGAUUCAGAUGUGUUUAUGCCUUACGACAAAUUAAACAAAAAUUUAGAAAUUGUCAAGGGACGUUUAAAUCGCCCUCUGACUUUAUCUGAGAAAAUUCUAUAUUCUCACUUGGAUAAUCCAAAGAAUCAAGAAAUCACCCGCGGCACCUCAUAUCUGCGUUUGCGUCCUGAUCGUGUUGCUAUGCAAGAUGCCACUGCUCAAAUGGCUUUACUGCAAUUUAUCUCAUCAGGAUUGAAGAAAGUAGCUGUUCCAUCAACUGUACAUUGUGAUCACUUGAUUGAAGCUCAAAUUGGUGGUGAACAAGAUUUGAAACGUGCUAAGGAUUUAAACAAGGAGGUAUACAAUUUUUUGGCUUCCGCAUGCGCUAAAUACGGUCUAGGUUUCUGGAAACCAGGCAGUGGUAUUAUUCAUCAAAUUAUACUUGAAAACUAUGCUUUCCCCGGUCUUUUAAUGAUUGGUACUGAUUCUCAUACACCCAAUGGUGGUGGUUUGGGCGGUUUGUGUAUUGGCGUUGGUGGUGCUGAUGCCGUUGACGUAAUGGCAAACAUACCAUGGGAACUAAAAUGUCCGAAAGUUAUUGGUGUACAUUUAACUGGCAAGAUUAGUGGUUGGACUUCACCUAAAGACGUUAUUUUGAAGGUUGCUGAUAUUUUAACUGUUAAGGGUGGCACUGGUGCUAUCAUUGAAUAUCACGGCAAAGGUGUUGAUUCAAUUUCUUGCACUGGUAUGGCUACAAUUUGUAAUAUGGGUGCUGAAAUUGGAGCAACUACUUCAGUGUUUCCAUUCAACGACCGCAUGGCAUCUUACUUAACAUCUACCGGACGUUCCGGCAUUGCUGGUGAAGCUAAGAAAUUCCAACAAAAGAUUUUAUCUCCUGACAAAAACUGCGAAUAUGAUGAACUUAUUGAAAUCAAUCUCGAUCAACUUGAACCCCACGUUAACGGCCCAUUUACACCAGAUUUGGCACAUCCUAUUAGUAAAUUGGGUGGCAAUGCUAAGAAGAAUGGUUAUCCAGUUGAUAUUAAAGUAGGAUUGAUUGGCUCAUGCACCAACUCUUCAUACGAGGAUAUGGGUCGUUGUGCUAGCAUUGCCAAUGAUGCUAUGAGCCAUGGUAUUAAGUCGAAAAUUCCAUUCAAUGUCACACCCGGUUCUGAACAAAUUCGCGCAACAAUUGAACGUGACGGUAUAUCUGAAGUAUUUUCCAAAUUCGGCGGCACUGUAUUGGCCAACGCUUGUGGUCCCUGCAUCGGUCAAUGGGAUCGUAAAGACAUAAAGAAGGGUGACAAAAAUACAAUUGUUACCUCUUACAAUCGUAACUUCACUGGACGUAAUGAUGCUAACCCAGCUACACAUGCUUUCGUUACCAGCCCUGAAUUGGUUACAGCACUUUCUAUUGCUGGUCGUUUAGAUUUCAACCCCCUUACUGAUGAACUUACAGGUUCCGAUGGCAAGAAAUUUAAAUUGAAAGCACCAUUUGGUGAUGAAUUGCCUUCUAAGGGCUUCGAUCCUGGCAUGGAUACUUAUGAUGCACCACCAGCUAGCGGUGAAAGCGUAAAAGUCGAUGUUGAUCCCAAAAGUCAACGCUUACAAUUGUUAGAUCCUUUCGAUACAUGGGACGGCAACGAUCUUAAAGAUUUAACUGUUUUGAUUAAAGUCAAAGGAAAGUGUACAACUGAUCACAUCUCAGCAGCUGGACCUUGGCUAAAAUAUCGUGGUCACUUGGACAACAUCUCAAACAACAUGUUCAUUGGUGCUACCAACUACGAAAAUAAUGAAAUGAAUAAAAUCAAAAAUCAACGCACUGGAGAGUGGGGUGGUGUACCCGAUGUAGCACGCGACUACAAAGCUAAUGGCAUUAAAUGGAUAGCUGUUGGUGAUGAAAACUACGGUGAGGGCUCAUCUCGCGAACAUGCCGCUCUUGAACCACGUCAUUUGGGUGGUCGUGCUAUUAUUGUGAAAUCAUUCGCCCGUAUUCAUGAAACAAAUUUGAAGAAGCAAGGUUUAUUGCCAUUGACAUUUGCUAAUCCUGCUGAUUACGACAAGGUUCAACCAACCAGUAAAAUCUCACUGUUAGGUUUAAAGAGUUUGUCACCUGGUAAACAAGUAGAAUGCGAAAUUAAGAACGGCAGUAAGGUCGACAAAAUCAAAUUGAACCAUACCAUGAAUGAACAACAAAUCGAAUGGUUCCAAGCUGGCAGUGCACUAAAUCGCAUGAAACAAUUGUCUGCAGCUAACUAAAUUUACUGUAUCCCAUGCAUGCAUGUCCCCUAUCCCUUUCGUAUAGUUAUGUCCCUUGUCAUGAAACUUUAGUUUAAAUAUACUUACUUUUUUAAUUGUAAUAGCGAAGCAGGCAACUAUGCCAUCAUCAGGUCAUAUAUUAAUUUAGUUUUGUUUUUUUUUUUUUUUUGUAACAAUUUUAA